AUGUCGGGAGGUAUAGCGCGUGGUCGUCUUGCUGAGGAGCGCAAAGCCUGGCGUAAGAAUCACCCACAUGGUUUCGUUGCGAAGCCGGAGACGGGUGUAGAUGGGUCGGUUAAUUUGAUGGUGUGGCAUUGCACCAUCCCUGGUAAGACUGGGACUGAUUGGGAUGGUGGCUGCUAUCCACUUACAAUGCACUUCAGUGAGGACUACCCUAGCAAACCCCCAAAAUGCAAGUUUCCACAAGGUUUCUUCCACCCUAACGUGUACCCAUCUGGAACAGUGUGUUUGUCUAUUCUCAAUGAGGACAGUGGGUGGAGACCAGCAAUUACCGUGAAGCAAAUUCUAGUGGGCAUUCAGGAUUUGCUGGACCAGCCCAACCCUGCUGAUCCAGCACAAACUGAUGGGUACCAGCUCUACAUGCAGGAACCCGUUGAGUACAAAAGAAGGGUUCGGCAGCAGGCCAAGCAGUACCCACCUCUUGUCUAAUGUUGUGCCUGCCUUGCUCUGUAAUUAAUACUAGACUGCUACAUAUGUUUUACCUGAUUGUGAACAACUUUUAUUGAUAGUUAUUGUACUUGAUUGUCAGCAGUCUUAUUGCAAUGAUUUUUGAUCAGGUUAUAAUUUAUUUUCCUCUAUGGUGCUCUGUUAAGGAUCAUAUUUUCUUUAAAAUCAUAG